GAACAUGUCGGCUCCUCUCGGACUGUUCAGGAGCCGUGUCCGGCCGGCCGCUGUCACGUCGCUGCUGCCGGUGAGGAUUCCGGCAGGCGGACGGUGGAUUUCACGAUCACCAACAGGUGGAGCUGUUCGGCCGCUGGAGGGCGUCACCGUUCUAGACCUGACCAGGGUUCUGGCCGGUCCAUUCGCCACCAUGAUCCUGGGAGAUCUGGGAGCCGAGGUGAUCAAAGUGGAGCGACCCGGUGCAGGUGACGACACCAGAACCUGGGGUCCUCCGUUCGUCGGAUCGGAGAGCGCCUAUUUCCUCAGCGUCAACCGAAACAAGAAAAGUGUUGCUGUGGACAUGAAGCAUCCCAGAGGAGUGAAGAUCAUCCAGGAGCUUGCAGGAGUGUGCGACGUGCUGGUGGAAAACUACCUGCCAGGGAAACUCCGUCAGAUGGGUUUAGGAUACGAGCAGCUGAGCAGAGGGAACCCACAGCUCAUCUACUGCUCCAUAUCAGGUUACGGGCAGACCGGUCCGCAGGCUCAGAGUCCGGGAUACGACUCCAUCGUCUCCGCAGUGUCCGGGAUGAUGCACAUCACCGGGCCAGAGGACGGCGAGCCGGUGCGUCCAGGCGUCGCCAUGACAGACAUGGCGACGGGGCUCUACGCCCACGGAGCCGUCAUGGCCGCCCUGCUGCAGCGACACAAGACCGGGAGAGGAGUUCACAUCGACUGCAACCUGCUGUCCUCACAGGUUUCCUGUCUGAGCCACAUCGCUGCUAACUACCUGAACGCUGGGAAGGAGGCGCGGCGCUGGGGGACGGCCCACGAGAGCAUCGUACCUUACCAGGCCUUCAGAACCAGAGACGGAUUCCUUGUGGUGGGAGCAGGAAACAACCAGCAGUUUGUCAGAGUGUGCCAGGUUCUGGAGCUGCCGGAGCUCGCAGAGGAGCCAAAAUACAAAACCAACAAUCUGAGAGUCCAGAACCGCCAACAGCUGCUGGACACGCUGUCCAACAGGUUUCUGCAGGAGAGCACAGCUGAUUGGCUGAAGAGGUUCGAGGGCUCAGGUGUUCCAGUUGGACCAAUCAACAGCAUCCAGGAAGUGUUCGCUGAGCCGCAGGUGAAACACAACGGCCUCAUCCAGGAGAUGCAGCAUCCAGCAGCCGGACCCGUCACCGUUCCAGGCCCGGCGGUUCGUUUCAGCAGCUUCUCUCCGAGCGGGCCGACUCCUCCUCCUCUGAUUGGCCAGCACACCGUGCAGGUGCUGCGUGACACCUUGUCCUACAGUGAUGACGUCAUCAGAACGCUGCUGGAGUCGGGGGCGGUGGCCCAGAACGAAGCCUUCUGAUUGGCUUCAGGAAUCGGAGGCUGACUGAUUGCAGCCAAAGCAUCAAUGAGGGAAUCGAUCAGAGAGAAUCAGCUGAACUGAUCAUCAAAGAUUGAUUUAGGAGUUCUGAUUUAGCUCUGAAGACCAAACACAGCCAAUGGACAGGGAGCUCAUGGCUGUGUUCAUACACAUGGUGCUGUUCCUGCUAGUAGAACAAUGAUCUUUACAUGUAUUUACUGAGAGGUCAUCAAGAAGCUCCGAGACUUCCUGUGAAAGGAAACCUGUCCCUAAUGACGACCUCCGUCCUGUCCGGAGCUGCUCUGCUCCCAGAGCUCCUGCAGCACUGGUCUGGAAACAUCUGAAGUUGGUCAAUCUGAGGUGAAACGCCUCUUCAGAAGUGACUUAAAGUCGCCCAAACUGGAUCUGAUUCAGCAUUUGGCCAAAAUGAAAGUGACUCAACAAAAUGACGUCUAAUUCCGUGAUAUGACUCAAAAUGAUCCCAAACUGAAUCCGGUUUUGUCCAGAACUUGUUCUAAAUCGCUCCACAUCCGUCAGAUCACUCCAUUGUCCAAAAGAGUCGUAGUUUGCACGCCGGUGACUCCCGUCCUGGAACUUUUUGAUAACCUCUCACAGUACAUUUUGUCGUACAAGUUUCACUCCUCUGAACUCAGGAUGGAAAAAGAAAAAAAAGACUUUUAAAGUAAAAGCAUUUUGUAGCUCUAAAUGACAAUCAGCAGCUAAAAUGAGACGACACAAGCUGCAAACUGAAGUCUUUGUGUUGAUCUUUAGAAACGCUCCAAAGCACUCCUUCUUCUCCGUUCACUCCUUGAAGAACUGUUCGUAACUCUGGAAAACACCGGUUUGUACGAGCAGCUGCUAAUAAAUCUGAUAUUUUAAUAUUGUGAGCAUUGACAUCAGAUGA